AUGACCACUACCGCUCCUGAUACCAAGGAAAAUAUUCUAAAUGAUCCUCCAAUCAUAAAGAGGAAAGUUGGCAGACCUGGAAGAAAAAAGCUGGAUGUUGAAUCCAAAAACAAAAGAACACAGCAGAAUAGAAUUGCACAACGUGCAUAUAGAGAAAGGAAAGAACAAAAGUUGAAAAAUUUGGAGAAUAAAAUUGUUUGGUUGGAACAAUUAAACUUACAGAAUCUGAAUGAAAUUAAUUUCAUUAAUGCUAAUCUGAAAAGAUUGUUGGAUGAUUUGAAACAAUAUAGAUCCUUUAAUGAUGAUGAUCUUUUUUUACUGAAAUUUUUAAAUGAAAAAAAUGAUAUUAAAUCUCUGAUUAAUAAUGAAAUAAGUAAAAUUAACAACAAUCUAAAAGAGUCAAAUAUAAAUAGAAGUAAUCAUCAUGAUGAAGAUAAUGAUAAUGAUAAUAAAGUUAUACCUAAUACGGAUUUAAAAUUGAAUAAUAAUAUACAACCUUUAUCUUCCAAUAAUAAUAGUUUUGAUUUGAUAAAUACAUGGGUUAAUACUACAAGUAUAACUAAUAGCAAUAGUAAUAAUAAUUCAAGUAAUUGUGAUAGUAGUCCUGAUAUAAUUGACAACAAUAUUAGUAACAAUAUUAGUAACGGUAAUAAUAAUAGUAAUAAUAAUAAUAAUAAUAUAUGGGACUCUUUUCCUAUAUUAGAUAAUUUAACAAGUAUUAGUAGCGACGAUGUAUUGGAUUUCAAUAACGCUUUUGAAGAUAAUAAAGGGUACAAAGAUAUUUUAAAAGUGAAAAAUAUUGAUAAUAAUAAUAUAGAUAUAAUUUUAAAUAAUAUAGCAUUUCCAGAUAUAUGGGAAAAUUCAAACAAAGAUAUGAUUCUAAAGGAUAAUAUUAAUAAUAAUAAUGAUCUGGCGUCCAAUUUAAAUAUUUUACCAUUUGAUUGUAAUUGUGGUGGGGUAUGUUUUAACAAUCAAAUAUCAUUUGAUAAUAAGUAUAAUGACGAUAGUAAUUAUAAUAAUGUUGUGUGCAACAGUGCAUGUAAUAGUGCGUGUAAUAGUGAUGAUGACAAUGAUGAUGACUACAACGAUGAUACUGCUGUAAUAAAAUGUGAUUUAUUAACAAGACAUUUACUAAAUAAGGAAUCCAUACAAUCAAUAAUAAAUGAUAAGAAUUUUAUGAAUAACAAUACCACUAAUGAUACCUUUAAUGCUAAAUUCCCGCUAUCAUGUUCGCAUUUUAUUAGGAGAAUUAAAGUUAGAGAUGAAAUUUCUUUUGAGGAUGAGGUAGAAAAGUUGUGUAAUGAAUUAAUGAUUAAAUGUAGACAUGAUCCAGUUAAUGAGUCAAUACUGCUAGAGAAAGGGGAAUUGAAAAAGGCUAUAGUAUCGUAA